AUGGUUGGAAGACUAGCAUUUGUUUAUCCUGCUGAAGGAGAGAGGUUUUUCCUGAGGUUGUUGUUAAUUAAUGUGCAAAGUCCAACUUCAUUUGAGUACCUACGAACUGUGAAUGUUCAUGUGUGCGAUACAUUCCAAGAAGCUAAUUUGAAAUUAGGAUUAGUUGAAGACGAUGAUAUAGAUGAUUUAUGUAUGUCAGAAGCAAAAGAAUCUCAGUUACCUGUGUUCAUUACGAUGCCUUUUUGCAACUCCACAUCUGGUAUUGCAGCAGCUAAUAUUCCUUCUAGAAGAACUACUCAUUUACGAUUUAAGAUACCAGUUGAUAUAGAGAGUUCAUUGGCCUGCGAUGUACCUAAGCAUCGCAGUUUAGCUGCACUUAUUAAAGAAACUACAUUGAUCAUUUGGGACGAAGCUUCUAUGGAAAAUAAAAGCAAUUUGGAAUCUUUAGAUCUGAUGUUGCAAUACAUAUGUGAGAAUAAAGAUUUGUUUGGUGGGAAGCUGGGUGUUCUUGGAGGAGAUUUUUGUUAG